AUGCAGACUGCGCAAAAGGGUCCCAAGGCCUGCACGACCUGCGCAAAAGCAAAAGCGCGAUGCAUUCCCGGCAAUUCAGACGCUGACAAGUGUGAAAGAUGUCAGAGGUUGAACAAGGAAUGCUACUCGCGCCCGCCGGCGCCACCGCGCAUCAAGAAGCGGCCCAAGAGAUCGCGGGUCGCGGAGCUGGAAAAGAGACUGAAUGAGCUGUCGUCUCAGGUCGGCCAGGGCCACGCCCGGCUGCCCACGCCCGAGGACGCGGCCACGUCGGAGCGGGCCACGUCGAGCGCCAAGACGGUCCGCAGCGGCGACCUGCAGAGCGAUUUGGUUGAGAUUGUCAACCUGCAGCACUGGUUUCCCAACCCAGCGAGCUCGCCCGGCGCCGCCAAGGACAAGUCGCCCGCGUCGCCCGCCGGCUGGGAGGCCGAGGCCUUUCAGCACAUGGAAUCCAUCUGGCCGCUGCCCGAGGACGCUGCCGCCCUGCUAGCCGAGUAUCACGAGCUGUGGGCCGACACCUUUCCCUUUAUCGUGGUGCCGCGCGACAUGAGCUCCGAGGACCUGCGCGACCGGCGCCCGUUUUUGUGGAAGGGCAUGAUGCUGACGGCGUCUUUCUUCGACGCCGCGCGCCAGACGCGCCUCGGCGGCGAGCUGCUCUCCGACAUAGCCCGCGCCGCUGUCGUCGAGGGCGUCAAGACACUCGACUUGCUCCAGGGCAUGCAGCUGCUCAUCGCCUGGUACCAGUACGCCGUCAAAGGCCACCAACUGACCAACCUGCUCUUCCUCGCGCGCUCCAUGUGCGUCAACCUCAGCUCGCCCAGCUGCGAACCGCUACCCAGCGACGCGCGUUACUCCCAGCUGGACCCCCUGAGAGCCUACACUGCCACAUACUAUAUGAAUACAAUCGUCUUUGCGACAAAUAAAAAGACGGACGUAUUUAUGAAUACGUCUCACGUCGAACUCUGUCUGAAGACACUGGAAAACGCAGCAGAGUACCCCUCGGAUGUGUUUCUCGUCAAACUCGUCAAAUCGCAGCAAAUUGCUCAAAAUAUUGCCCUAGCCAUGUCGUUUGACCCCAGCCAGCCAAUGCAGCUCCCCAUCCCGGUGUUGGUGCAGUCUUUCCAGGAUCAAAUCAAGAGCUUUCGAGACACGUUGCCAAAGCAUCUACAAGAUGAUCCCCCUUUAGCGUCAUUGGGUGGCCACCUGCUCAUUUCUGAGGUACUGCUCACCGACAUUGCCCUGUCAGACCAGCACUGCGGCCCCGCCAGCAUGCCCGUCGAGACACGCCUCGAGAUGCUGUGGUCGUGCAUCCGCUCGCUGCGCGCCUUUUUCCGGGCGCGCUUCCUGCACCGCGACAUUGACAAGCCGCGCUACGUCAACCUGACCACGUCGGACGUGGCCUACAGCCUCAUCACUAGCAUCAAGCUGCUGACGCUGCGGCUGCCCGGCUGGGACCCCAAGCAGGUGGCCGCGGAGCUCACCAUUACCCACAUGCUCCACUGGCAGAUCAACGACCUCGCCCUCAUCAUCGAGAAGCGUCGCUCCGAGCCCACUGCCGCCGCGGCUGGCGGCGCCCCGCCCAUUGCCGAGGACCCCUUUGAGCGCCUCCUCCGCCUGCUGUUCAACGCCCGCGAGCUGGUCAACCUGCAGUGCCACUCGGGCGAUGCGCAGGCGGCGGCCGCGGCUGCCGCGGCGAUGCCGGGGAUUCCGGGCCCGCCGGGGUCCUCGCAGACGCUGCUGGGCGAGCUCGACGAGUCGGUGUGGUUUGACAUUGUCAACGAAACGGCGUGGAACAUGAAUGACGAAAUCAUGUCGGGCUAG